AUGUCUAUACGUGCUGACGACCCGACACUGAUCCGAUGGGCAAACCACUUUCUCAGCCACGGGGACGACCCCACGCCUCGGCAGAUUACCAACGUCACUACUGACCUCAGCGACGGCGCAGUGUUCUGUCUACUACUGACCACACUGGGCGAUAUGCCGAUCAAGUUUAACCAGAGACCGAAGAACCAGUUCCAGAUGGUCGAUAAUGUCAAGAUUGCUUUGGCGGCUAUGAAUGACAUAUUUGGCAAUGCGUACUGGGAGGUCAACGAUGUUCGCAACGGAGAUCGGACCACAAACGUUGAGAUUCUGAUGACUGUGGUCAAAAAGACGCAAGUGCUGGCGACAGUCAAGAACCCAAUGGUACGACGCGGUAAUAUCAGCGAUGCCAAGGCGGCGGAGCUACUCACCACAUGGGUCAAUAAGCAGACACAGGAACACGAUCAGGCACUGGAAUCAAUGGAGUUCAGUUUCCGCGACGGUCGCCUGCUGGCCGCAUUGGUGCACCACUUCCAUCCGCAUCUGAUUGACUACACCAGUAUGAAGAAG